AUGCUAAAUGCAUCAACAGUGACUGAAUUUAUCCUAGUAGGGAUUCCUUUUUUCUACGAUCUACACAGGAUUUUCUUUUUCAUAGGUUUAUUCCUGUACAUUGUAGCCAUCCUAGGGAAUGGAUUUAUCCUUGCCAUUGUGGCUAUCGAGCCAAGACUUCAGACUCCCAUGUACUUCUUCCUGAGCAACCUGGCUUUUUUGGAGAUCUGCUACACCACGACCGUAGUACCCAAGCUGCUACAAACACUGAUAGAAACACGGACCACAAUUUGUUUCCAUUGCUGCAUGGCCCAGAACUUAUUCUACUUCACAUUUGGAGGUACAGAGCUUUUAAUCCUUACAGUGAUGUCCUUCGACCGGUAUAUGGCCAUAUGCAAACCACUCCAAUACCCAAUGAUCAUGACCAAGAAUGUUUGCAAGCAGUUGUCCUUGGCCACUUGGUGCUCGUCAUUCAUACUCUUUUUCUUCCAGUGUCUCCCUAUAUGGAGGAUGUCUUUCUGUGCUUCCAACGUUGUUGAUCAUUUCUUGUGCGACGCCGCUCCCCUGUUUAGCAUCGCAUGUACUGAUACCUUCCUCAAUGAGAUUGUGGGAUUGCUCUGUGCCAUUUUACUGGUUAUUUUGACCUUGAUCUUCACCUUGGUGACAUACGUCUACAUUAUUUCUACCAUCGUGCACAUUCCUUCAGCCAAGGGACGCAAAAAGGCUUUUUCCACCUGUUCGUCUCACCUGAUCGUGAUAUCUAUAUUGUAUGGGGCACUGAUGGUCAUGUACGUGAGGCCCACACUGCAUUCCUCAUCUCGCUUAACCAGGGUACUAGCGGUGCUGAACACAGCCGUGACCCCAGUGCUGAACCCUUUCAUUUACACAAUAAGGAAUGCGGAAGUGAAGGCCGCUGUCAGAAAUGCAAUCUGUAAGAAGAGACAGUUGUCGAAUGAAGAGUUCUUGGACGUGUCCAAUAAAGUGGGCAAAUACGAGUGA